CCCCUCUCCUUCCCCCUUCCCCCUCCCCCUCCCCCCUCUCCCCCCAUGGACAUGCUGGAUCCCGGCCUGGACACAGCCACCGCCUCUGCUGCUCCCAGCCACGAGAAAGGACAAGAAGUUGAAGAAGGAGUCGAGCUGCAGGAAGGGGACGUCACGAACGCCGAGGAGCAGACAGCAGUGGCCAUUGCUAGUGUCCAGCAAGCAGCCUUCACAGACCACAAUAUCCAGUACCAGUUCCGCACAGAGAACAAUGGAGGACAGGUGACAUACAGAGUGGUCCAGGUGACAGACAGUCAGCUGGAUGGACAGACGGACGCAACGGGAGCCGUCAGCGUGGUCUCGACAGCCGCCUUCGCCGGGGGCCAGCAGGCUGUCGCUCAGGCUGUGAUCCAGAACCCGUUCAGCAAUGGCGGAAGCCCGGCCGCAGACGCAGUCAGCGGAGAGGCCCGCUUCGCGUAUUUCCCUGCCUCCACGGUGGGGGAUGCCACGGCCGUGUCAGUUCAGACCACAGAUCAGUCGCUGGCACAGGCUGGAGGCCAGUUCUACGUGAUGAUGACCCCCCAAGACGUGUUGCAGACAGGGACGCAACGCACCAUCGCUCCUCGCACCCACCCGUACUCCCCGAAGAUGGAUGGGACGCGGACGCCCCGUGAUGAGAGACGGCGAGCCCAGCACAAUGAAGUGGAGAGGAGGAGGCGGGACAAAAUUAACAACUGGAUUGUCCAGCUAUCGAAAAUCAUUCCAGACUGCAACACUGACAACAGCAAGACGGGCGCGAGCAAAGGGGGCAUCCUGUCCAAGGCCUGCGACUACAUCCGGGAGCUGCGCCAGACCAACCAGCGCAUGCAGGAGACCUUCAAGGAGGCCGAGCGGCUGCAGAUGGACAACGAGCUGCUACGGCAACAGAUCGAGGAGCUGAAGAACGAGAACGCCCUCCUCCGAGCGCAGCUUCAGCAGCACGGCAUCGAAACCGUGGGCGACACCCCGGGGCAGUAACCGCUUCUUCCCCACCACCACGUCGCCCUCCUCCUCCUCGGCACCGGAUCGCCGCCCUUCCCCCGCCUCCUUCCCUCCCUUCUGCCCUCUGUCUGGUGCAAAGAGAGCUCCCCGUGUUCACUCGUGCGGCCAAACUCGACCGGGGGGGGGCGCUGAGGUGGCAGCCGCACGGCCGGCCCCCGCUUUGUCGUGCCCCCCUCCUAUGAGCCCCACCGGCCCCCUCCCCCCCACGUAGGAAAUAUUAAGAUUAAAGCAAACAAACUGCGUUUUUUAUAGUAGGUUUUUAACACAGGAUAGCAGCCCUGGGACGUCCAUUUCCCUCCCCCAGCCCAGCCAUGGGUUCAAAUCUUCCCCAUUCCGGCUUAAAGUCCCGUCACAGUGGCCCUUCCCCGUCCGAUCCUUCCGUUCAAGCCGCGGUGUGUGUCUCGCUCAGCGAGGAGGCUGUCGCCAUGUGGCUCCAGCUGGCUCUUUCUUUCUCAAGGCAGGUAGCUACAUGGCCAAAGUCAGCCCUGGGGGUGGGGUUCUGUGGCUGCCUCCCCCCCGCCUCCCGUUUUGGACACCCGGGGGGGUUAUCUUUCCUCUGCAGGCAGCGAACCUCUGAAAAAUCACACCCCUUUGAAAAUGUAGCAACUCAGGGGGGCAGGAAUGGGGCCAUCCCAAAUCACUAGCCCAGUUCAGCGAGUUCUAGCCAGCUGGCGUGGCUCCGAUUGGCUCGAAUCCACUCGUGACUCUCCAGCUGAGCAAUUCAGUUAAAACCCUUGCGGCCACCAGACCUUCCAAAGGCAGCGAGCAAUUUUGUAGCUCUUAUUUUAUUUUAUUUUUCCCCCUGCCUGUCAAAUCGCAGCUACCGUUUCUGAGAGGUCUGACUUCCGGGGGGGGGGGGGGGCUUUCCGAAAACCCCCUCACGGCAUCUCAUGUCGGGCAGCCGGGAAAAAGUAGAGACCAUGCAGCAUUGCUAGCCCGUUCUCUUCCUAAACCUGUGGCUGUCCCAUGUGUCCACUUGUCUGAUCUGUUCCUCAGCCCUCUUUCUCUUGUAAUUAUGUUUUGAACAGAGGGAAGUCGGAGUGAAAACGCUAACAGCGUCCCUCUUUUAUUUUAUUUUUUUAUUUUUUUUUGUAAUUAAUCUGUAUUUUAUUUUUUAGUUCCAAAUGCGUUUGUAUAGAGGUACGUCGCCUGUAUCAUAACUUGAACCCAGAAAGUUUAAUAUUUACCACGAUCGACUAAAUGCUUGUUUUCUGUGGAGGGGUUUUGGCAGAUAUAUUCCGAUACAUAAUUUUUUUUAAAAAAAUUAUAAAUUCAGCGGUCGAUCGCACAAUCUUUGGCUCGGAAUCAGGAGAUCUCUUCAGUCCCCUUCUCUCGCGAUCUUCAAUUUGGCUUUAUUUCUCUUCUCGAAGCACGAGAUUUUUUUUCUUUUUUUUUUCUUUUUCUUUUUUUUUUUUUGGCUUUUUGGGUUGGUUGAUUGUUUUUAAAUAAGCAUGGCUCUAAAAAUCCGAAAAUUCGCAAAACCCACCAAAAAAAAAUUUAUAAUAGCGAGCUUUUAGCUUUGGGGUUUUUUUUAUAUACCGGCAAAACAAAAAACAAAAAAACAAAAAAAAAAAGAGAGAGAAGCAAGGCUUUCAGAUGGAAUUGGAAAUAUUGUGUAUCCUUUUUGUCCUGGUCCCUGCGGAACGUAAGAAUGAAUGAAUCAAGGAAAGAAAAAAAGGCAAAUCAGAUUUAAGGAAAAGAAAAGGAAGGGGAAAAAAAAUGUGGAUUGAGUUGAAUUGCAGCGUUUGAAUGUUGGAAAGUAGGAAAUUAAUUCUGUUUAUAUAUAAAAGAGGAAAAAACUGCACAGACAUAA